AUGUUUCGGGGCGGUUUUUUCCCUGCCGGGCGGAUUGCUUGUUCUGCAAUCAGUGCUAUAGACAUUGCGUUGUGGGAUAUUCGUGGGAAAGUGUUGGGUGUUCCUGUCUACGACCUGCUUGGUGGUCUCGUCCGCCAGAAAGCUGUAUGUUAUCCCCAUGCCAACGGUAAUUCCCCCGAACGACUUGCAGAACACGCACAAUCACUUGUGGAGGACGGGUGGAAAUUUGUGCGUUGGGGUGUGCCUCAGCAGGGGGAGGUCCUCGAUCCAUCGUGGGCGGUUCGGGAAACCAUCAAGCAGUGUGAGGCGGUUCGAGAUGCUGUCGGAGAGGAGAUUGAGAUUUUGAUUGACGUUCACACGCGGCUAGACCCGCCCCAUGUGAUUACGCUCUGCCGUGCUUUGGAACAGUAUCGUCCCUAUUUCAUCGAAGACCCGUUGCGGUCUGAAAAUAUGUCCACGUAUCAUCAACUAGCGCGCCACGUUGCCGCGCCGUUGGCGGUGGGAGAGCAGUACGCCACGAAGUGGGAAUUCCGCGAAUUGGUUGAACAGGAACUGAUGCAGUACGCACGGAUUGACCUCUGUAUUGUUGGUGGGAUUACAGAGGCGAAGAAAAUCGCUGGUUGGUGUGAGGCGCACUACAUUGAUCUGGCACCACACAAUCCGCUCGGUCCUGUUUCGACAGCGGCGUGUCUGCACCUUGACCUCGCUUCGACGAACUUCGGUGUCCAAGAACUCCCAAGGAAACCGGGGACAACGCUGCCUGAUGUCUUCCCAGUGCAGCUAGAGUGGGAGGAUGGCUAUCUGCUGCCAGCCGACGGGCUCCGGGAUUGGGGAUUGAGUUUGAUGAGGAGGCAGCACUGGCUAAUCCGUACCGUGAAGUUGAGGCACCGCAGUUGCGUCGGCCCGAUGGAGCAUUUACGAAUUGGUAGGUGUGAAAGUGUUUCGGGCAGGCACAAGACCUGCCCCUACAAAAACUCGGUUUCUUUGCACUGUUUCUUAACAUGA